AUGUAAAGCGUCUAAGCAUCAGAUACAUUGCUAAGUAUUCUUGUUCAACUUCAUGCGAUAUACCUAUUUAUUGAUAAGACAGCAGCAUAUUUUGGAAUCGCUAGUUCACUCUUCAGCACUUUUCUUGUUUUGAGAGAUCCAAAUGAUUAUGCCACUAAUCCUAAAUUUACAAAUACUCUGUUGGCAAUCCAAAAUAUCGGUAAUACUUUCCAUUUAGUAUCAGUUAUCUUAAUGGCUGUAAUGUAUUCUUGUAUUGAAUUCCUCAUGCUCUAUGUGGGUGUGAAUUAGGUAACCUUGAUCGUAUGGACAUUCUUGCUUGGAUUUAGAACCCUGGCUAACUUACUAUCAGGGUAUCUUCCUAAUGUUUUGACUUUGAAUUAUUUAGACGAAUUAAUCUGA